AUGGAUAUUGUUAAUAAUGUAGAAAGUAAUAAUAAUAAUAAUAAUAAUAAUGUUGAUAAUGAUAAUGAUAAACAUGGAUUAUCUAAAUCUUUAUCAUCACUUGAAAAACAUCAACAACAAGAAGAACAAAGUAGAUUAAAUACAACAACAACAAAGAAACAAAUCAAACAACAACAAAAAGAUUUAUGUUCAAAGUUGAUAUGUAAACAUUGUCCAUGGAUAUCAUUUACAUCGAUCACAUCAUACAAGAAUCAUUUACAAAGCAAGAAACACUCAAGACGUCAAUCAAAGAAUAAUGUUGCAAACACUUGGUCUUGUAAACCUUGUCAUUUUAAUUUCCCAAAUGAAGAUGAAUACAUUAAACAUACAAAUGGUAAAAGACAUUCAAUCAAGAUUAAAAAAAAAACAAAGAUCAUCAAACAACAACAAUAUCCUAAACAAUCAAUAACAGAACCAUAUUAUGAAUGUAAUCUAAAGGAAUUGACACAAAGUGAGUUUAAAGAAGAGGAAGAAGAUGAUGGUGAAGAUUUAUAUCCUUCUCUUGUUGGAUAA